GGAAGACUCGCGCAGAUCGGGCGCGCCGAGGGCCCAGCGCUGCUUCCGCCUCGGCACAAUGGCGGGCGCCGGGUGGCGGCCGGGCCAGCGGUAGCGGGCGGUGAGAAUCACUAAAUUGAACAGCAAUAACCAUGGGAGAUGCUGCAAAACCUUGCCUUGCCAAACAAAAUAAGGAACAGGACAUUUUGCAUCAAGAAGAAUUAAAAGGAAGUCCCUUACAGAAAGACUACCGAGCCAUGGAUGAAUAUGGAAAUGGCCAUAGCAAUAAAAUAGAUACCAACCUUCAAAAGAGAAAGGGAACACCAGGUCAUUAUGGAAGCAGUCUGAGGCGAGGGCCACAUAGUGUUUUGAGUAGCCCAAACUCACUUAAAAACACAACUUCCAGUCAAGGGUCAAAGUUAAAUGACACCCAAAGAGACCAAAUGAAGAAGUGGAUAUCUGAUGACCACCAUUGUGCUUUUGACACCCGGAGAGAGUACCGAUCUGUUUCCUGGGUUCCUGUGCAUGGCAGGACAAGAAAGGGCUCUCUUCAUGAGGUGGAAGGUACCGGAAAAAGAAAUGUAAGACCACAACUUCAGGAAGACUUAAUGAGCGAAGAUGUGCCAGAUGUGCAGAAAGGAACUUCUGAAAUGAAGAAGCUUAGAAAACCAAGAAGAUCAAGAAGAACUAGAAAAGAUGAGUGUGAUCAAGAUGAAUUGGAUGGUCCAGUCAUAGAUGAAUCUGGGCUGUCAGCAAAAGAACUUCUUGGGCUGCAGCAAGCUGAAGAACGAUUGAAGCGAGACUGCAUUUAUAGGCUGAAGAAGCAACCUCGAAGCUACCCAUCUGCAAAAUAUACCUGCAAAUUGUGUGAUGUUUUGAUUGAAUCAGUGGCUUUUGCUCAUAAGCAUAUUAAAGAGAAAAGACACAAGAAAAGCCUGAAGGAAAAGCAAGAAGAACAGCUGCUGACCGCUCUGCCUCCUCCGACGCCUUCCCAGAUACAAGCUAUUGGUGUUGCUAUUGAAAAUGUAGUGCAGGAGUUUGGCUUAAAUAAUGAAGAUCUAGAAGAAAGGCUCAACAUUAAAACAGUGAUGGAAAACUUACUGCGUCAAAAAUUGCCAGAGUGUUCAUUAAGAUUGUAUGGCUCCUCCUAUAGCAGAUUUGGUUUCAAAACUUCAGACAUAAACAUAGAUACCCAGUUUCCUGCCCAUAUGACUCAACCAGAUGUUCUCUUACUUGUGCAAGAAAGUCUCCAGAGCAGUGAAUCUUUUACAGAAGUUGAUGCAGAUUUCCAUGCUAGAGUACCAGUGGUGGUGUGCAGAGAAAAGCAAAGUGGCCUUAUUUGUAAAGUGAGUGCAGGGAAUGAGAAUGCUUGUCUGACAACAAACCAUUUGGCUACACUUGGAAACCUGGAACCUGCUGUCGUACCUUUAGUGACUGCCUUCAGGUACUGGGCAAAGUUGUGCUGUGUUGAUCGUCCUGAAGAAGGAGGCUUGUCACCUUACGUGUUUGCUUUAAUGGUUAUUUUCUUCCUACAACAGAGGAAAGAGCCUUUACUACCUGUCUAUUUGGGAUCAUGGAUUGCAGGAUUCUCAUUAAACAAAUUAACUAAUUUUCAUCUGAAAGAAGUCAAGAGUGAUGCUGUGGUUUGGGAGCAUAACCCUACUGAUGAUUCUGAUUUGCCACAAGAAACUUCUCCUAGAAGGGGCAAGGUUCCCUUAGUAUUUCAUUUAGGUCAGCAGUGUUCAGCACCUGUUGGUCAGCUCUGGCUUGAACUGCUUCGUUUCUAUGCCUUGGAGUUCAAUAUGGCUGACUUGGUGAUUAGCAUACGACUCAAAGAAACAGUGUCUCGUGAAUCAAAGGAUUGGCCUAAAAAGCGCAUUGCUGUGGAAGACCCAUAUUCAGUCAAAAGGAACGUGGCGAGAACUCUGAACAGCCAGCUAAUGUAUGAGUAUAUUCUUCACUGCCUGAGAGCAACUUACAAGUAUUUUGCCUUGCCUCAUAAAAGAAGUGCAAAAUUGAGCAAAAGACCCUCUUCAAAUGCCGGUGAGGAGAAAUCCCAAAUGCCAAACCAUGGGAUAGGUGCUAUAAAGCAUGAAGAUUCUGACUUGCGAAACUUGGAUGGUAGAACAAACACAGCAGUAGUGGAAGACUGUGUAAAAGAGACUGCACGCACUCCCAAGGAACAUAAAAUUGGUCCUUCAAAACUGUAUGAUGGCUCAGAAAGUUUCACAGAAGAAGAAUUGGCUGAUGAUAUAAGUCAUUUGGGAAUUACCCAUGAAGACUCAGACUGUAUAAUCGAGGAAAUUAUUUCUCAAGAUAAUGAGGAUUUUAAACCAAGUUGUGAAGAGACAGAGAGUGGAAAUGAAGAUGAAGAAGAGGAGGAAGAAGAGGAACAUGAACAAUCAAAAAGACAAUGGAAUAAUAUUCUGGCUGCUGAGCAGAGAAUAGAUGAAGACAGUGACAGUGGAGAUCUCCUAGUUACAGUGAACGAGCAUGAUGUGGAGACAUGUAGUACUUCAGACUUAGAAGGUUUUCAAUAUGCUGCACUUAGAGAGAAUGAUGGGUUUGGCUUAGAGUGCAGUGGUAUAAUGGAUGACAAGAUUGACAUUGAUGAGGAUAGCAGUGAAGGUACUGAUGAACUGGAUGAAUCCCCCAAAAAAUUCGUAUGUUCAGCAUGGAGUCAAAUAUCCCAAAUUAUUAACUCAGAUGAUGAAGAGGAAGAAGAGGAAGCACCAAGCCUUCAGAGAGAAUGCAGUGUUACCAUAAGAGCUGGAGAUGAACUAGAUAACACGUACACUGGAUCUGGAGAGGAUGAUGCACUGUCAGAGGUAGAAGGUGGUUUUUCCGUCCUAAGUAAAUAUGAGAAUAAACAUUUCAAAGAAAAUGUAGAUGGACCUCUGCGGGUUAAUUUGAGUCAAGAAGAUCUUAAUGAGAAGAAAAGCCAUCUUGAAGACAACACAACAACAGAGCAGUGCUUAGAAUCUGAACUUUUUUAUGAAUUCAGUAAACAAGCUUUUACAAAGGGCAAGUCUCCUACAGUAGUAUGUAGCUUGUGCAAACGGGAAGGUCAUUUAAAGAGUGAUUGUCCAGAAGACUUCAAGAAAAUUGAGCUUGACCCAUUGCCAGCACUGACACCCAAAUUUUCAGUUAUUCUAGAUCAAGUUUGUGUCCAAUGUUACCAUGAUUUUGCUCCAAAUAUAGUAGAGGAUCAAGCUCGGGAACAUAUAAGACAAAACUUGGAAAUCUUCAUUAGACAGGAUUUUCCAGGAACCAAGCUGGAUUUGUUUGGCUCCUCAAAAAAUGGCUUUGGCUUCAAACAAAGUGACCUUGAUAUCUGUAUGACCAUAGAUGGACUCCAAACAGCUGAGGGACUUGAUUGCAUCAGAAUCAUUGAAGAUUUAGCAAAAGUUCUCAAGAAACAGUCAGGUUUAAGAAAUGUCUUGCCUAUAACAACUGCAAAAGUCCCCAUUGUCAAAUUUUUCCACGUCAGAAGUGGUCUUGAAGUAGACAUCAGUUUAUAUAAUACUCUGGCCUUGCAUAACACAAGACUUCUGUCAUCUUAUGCAGCUAUUGAUCCUAGAGUAAAAUAUCUGUGUUACACAAUGAAAGUCUUCACAAAAAUGUGUGACAUUGGAGAUGCAUCUCGAGGUAGCCUGUCAUCUUAUGCAUACACUCUUAUGGUGCUUUAUUUUCUUCAACAGAGAAAUCCACCUGUCAUCCCUGUUCUUCAAGAGAUCUACAAAGAACCAAAAAAGCCUGAAAUUUUAGUUGAUGGCUGGAACAUAUAUUUCUUUGAUAAGAUAGAGGAGUUGUCAGUUGUUUGGCCAGACUAUGGCAAAAACACUGAAUCUGUUGGGCAACUGUGGCUGGGACUUCUCCGGUUCUACACAGAAGAAUUUGAUUUUAAAGAGCAUGUCAUCUGCAUUAGGAGAAAAAAUCUGCUCACAACUUUCAAGAAGCAGUGGACUUCAAAAUAUAUUGUAAUUGAAGAUCCCUUUGAUUUGAACCACAAUCUUGGAGCUGGAUUGUCAAGAAAAAUGACAAAUUUUAUAAUGAAGGCUUUUAUCAAUGGCAGAAGGGUGUUCGGUACCCCUAUAAAAGUAUUUCCUAAAGAAUACCCAUCAAAAAUGGAGUACUUUUUUGAUCCUGAGGUACUAACAGAAGGAGAACUGGCACCAAAUGAUAGAUGCUGCAGAACUUGUGGUAAAAUUGGCCAUUUCAUGAAAGAUUGUCCCAUGAGACGAAAACUAAGACGGCGUCGUGAUUAUGAAGGUACACAGAGGCAUGCUGAAGUCAAGGAGAAAAGAAGCAAAGAGGACAAAGAAAUGCAUAAUAAAUCAACAGAAAAGGACAGCUCAGUCAAGGAGGGGAAGUUGCAUGUAUGUACGCCUCAGAAGAGGAAACUAGCAAGGGUAAUAGUGGAAACUGGAAGAGAGAAAACUCCCAGGCAAUCAGCAGAGAAAUGGAAGCGCCCGGAAGACAGAGACUUAAGAGAAAAACGUUGUUUUAUCUGUGGAAGAGAAGGUCAUAUUAAAAAGGAAUGCCCACACUAUAAAGGAGUUGCAGGUGGCUCAAAACCAGAAGUGUCGUGUGGAUCCCCUUCUUUGCCCAGUACUGUCAAACAUGCUGGUAGAUUAAAUCAGGGAGUGCUUAUACAUGAAGAAAAAAAGAAACAAAAAGGAAAAGUGUUUUUGAGUCCCCAGUCAGUUGGUUUAUGCCUUGUCUUUUUUAAAAAAAAGAAAGAAAGAAAAAACCAAUACCUUUAAAGUGUGAUGCUUUCUUCCUCCCAAUCUUAGGCAGCCUUUCCAAUAAAUACAUGACUCAGGGAAAAGCCUCACAGAAGAAGACCCAACAAGAAUCAUGAGGGUUAUUAAGCACUGGUAAAUUGCAGUACAGGCCCAUCAUUCAUUUAAAAGAAAUGUCCUUGGCUAAAGCAUCUGGAUUCACAGGACAGCAGCACAGACAACAUUCGACUUAAGUUUUAUUUUAGAUUGCUAGUACAAGCAACUGUGGAUUCUAAUAUGGAACCCUGCUCUUAAAUAGAUUGUUUAAACAUUUUAAUAGAAAGCCGUGAUGUUUUGUAUUUGUUUACUAGGUAAAUCAUCUAGAAAAGGGCAGGUACUAAAAUGAACUGUUUUCAAGGUUUUGUUGUUCCACCUGACCAUCUUAAACUGCACUAAAAUUGUGUGCAAGCCAAAUAAAUUAUAUUUUCUUCAAAAAUUAAUUUUUUUGAAGGAGCAAAUUAUAUUUAUUAAUGUUAAUUGUUUACUGAAUCCUUGUGUAAGUGUUUGAAAUGUUUGUAGAUUGGUACAUUAUCUUUCAUUUCUGUAGAGAACUGAAAACAUAGACACUAGUAAACAUAUGUAAAACAAUCCCUGCCAAGGAGCGCCGUUGAGAUUUUGUGAGGUUUUUUUCUGUUCUGUGACUUCAUGGGAGUUCAUUUGCUGCUGUGCUUGUGUUCAAGCAGAAAAAAAGACUAAGAAACAGGUCUGUCCUGUUUUGUUGCUGCUAAGAAUCUUUUUCAAGGCCUUGGGGAUACAGACAAAAGGAAUAGAAGUAUUUUAAGGAAUAGAGUUAUUAUAUUUGGCAAAUGGGGAAAAACACACGUCCGUUUUCAUAGAAUGUGAAGAGAAUCCUUGUACCAGUCAAGAAUUUACAUUCAUUAGUAGUAUGAACUUGAGCUUUACUUGAAGUCUUUCCAGAGCUGGUAAUGUACCAUUUUGUCUUGUUCAGGAAAGAAUAAAUUACAUGUUAAAAUGGAAACCACUGUUAAUUUAUGAAUCUGAAAUAAAUAAAUAAAAUCAGAUUUAAUAAAAAUUAAAAAAAAUCAGAUUUAAGAUCUUGUAAUUUUUCUUAGGUUGUAGUUUUCAAUGUUCCUGACAUAAAUG